AGUCGUUCAUUGGAUUCACCAUUCAGUUGAUCGUUGAGUCGUGGCGCGAAGUGGUUGUGUAGAGACUGUUAUAAUACAGUCAGUGGUGUUGAGUUAUAGUACAUGUGACAUGAGUACCCAGAGAAUUUAUAAGUUAAAAAUACAGUGAAUAAAUAGUUUGGACCAGUUGUUAGGUUUUCAGGGCAAAAAUAUGGCACGAGGAGCCAUUAUACUGUUCGUGGUAAACCUCUUGGCUGUUUUAGUGGCUUCAGCUGCUGUUAAGGACAAAUGCCACCUUGAGUGCUUAUCAACCGGAAACCCGGUAAAAUUACAGCCUGGUCAUACCUACACAUACAAUGUUGAAUCUGUGGCUACAGUACUACUGGCAGGCGUGGAUGGUCAGGAGACACGCUUGCGUUACGAGGCGGAGGCAAAGGUGUUUGCCCAGGACCGUUGCACAUUUUUUGUGAGCUUGGCGAAAAUUGUUCUACAAGGAGCUGAUGAAAAACGUUUCACGCCACCUGAUCUCGCUGCUCAAUUAGCUCUCCCGACUCGUUUUGCGCUGGGCAGCCCUUCACUAUGCGCUCACGAGACGGACUCGCCAUUUUCUCUCAACCUAAAACGCGCCGUGGCGUCGUCAUUUGUGAAUGGAGGUGAAGGAGCCGUAACAGAUGUGGAUCUUUUCGGGCGUUGUCCAAGCAUAGUGAGCGUUACUCAAACUGGCGGUCAGUUCAUAGUAAACAGAGCGAGAAACCUAAACCAAUGCAGUGAUCGCGAAAUUCUGGGUCAUACUCUCACCGGAAGUGUAUUCAACGAAGCAAGUGCUAUCAAAAGCACACCAAGCUUGAGUGGUGACUACAAUAGUGAGGUUAGGCUGAAAAAUGGCGUAGUGCAACAAGCAACAGUAAGUGAGGAGUAUCGCUUCCUUGCAUUUGCGACAAAUACAGCGGGUGUCCGCGCUAAGGUGGCAACAAAGUUAUCACUAACGAAUACAAAGAAAGGAACCCUUGAUAACUUACAAGCGGCAGUAGUGAAGCGAGGCGUGACGUUUGAGACACCCCGUAAUGGCGGUGGUGCAUCAGCGCAAUCACUACGUGAUGCUGUACGAGAUACUGUGAAUAAUAUGGCCGAAGGUGUAAGCAAGAAUGCUACGGCUCAAUUUGUAGAUCUUGUUCGAUUGCUUCGUGAUGCGUCGAAAAAUGACAUAAAGACUACAUUUCAUACGAUAACUACUAAAUCCUUGCAUGAGCGUAGCGACUUAGCACGGAAAGUUUACCUGGAUGCCCUAUUUCGGACAGCAACUGGAGACUCCGUAGAAGCUAUUAUAGAUUUGAUGCAGUCACGCCAAUUCUCGACUGCUGAACAGCGUAUUGCCCUGCUUAGUAUGAGUCUUGUGACAACUUUAAAUCGUGAUACACUGCAGUCUGUAAUAAAGCUUACACCCAAUACACCUCACUUACUGCCAGAAGCUUUAAUGACCACUGGAACACUGGUCAGAAAAUACUGUGAACAGUUUGGCUGUACAGAUGACAUGCUUGAUCGUUCUCUUGAUCGCUUUACGGGACAUUUACACCAGUGUAAUCUAAGAAAGCGCCGCGAUGAAGACAUGGCGAUGGCAGCUCUUAAAGGGGCGAGAAACACGCAUGGAAAUCUUGGCAAGAAGCUUCUAGAUAGUGUUGUGUCUUGUGCUAAUAAGGAUACAAAAAUGAGACUUCGGGUGGCCGCCGUGCAAGCACUUACGGGCAUUUGUCAUGCUACUGAUGCUUUAUUGAAUUUAUUGGAGGACAUGAAACUGGACCCAGAGUUGAGAAUUGAAGCUUACCUUGCUUUGACACACUGUCCUACAAAUGAUAUAGUGAAGCGAUUGCAAACAUUGCUGGAUGGUGAAAAAGUUCAACAAGUAGGUGCUUUUAUAAACAGUCAUCUUGCAGCAGUAAGAUCUAGCACGGACCCUAGCCGCCAGAUGAUGCGCAGUGUGCUUGGACGUAUUCAGACUCAACGUCACUUUCCUUUUGAUCUUCGACGUUUCUCACAUGCACGUGAGUUCAGUUACGCAGUGGAUAGUCUUGGACUAGGUGCCAGUGUCGAUGCCGGUGUGAUCUACUCGCAUGGUAGUUUCUUACCGCGUUCACUAUAUAUGAAUGCCACUGGAGAGCUCUUCGGCAAUUCAUUUAACCUCUUCGACGCCACUGUGCGCCAAGGAAACCUAGAGAAAGUAAUAGAGAACUAUCUUGGUCCGCGAGGAAUACUCAUGUCAAAGUCACCACAACAACUCUUCGACUACUUCAAAAGUACUCUUAGGAAACUUAGGAAUGCUACAAGGGUUCGUCGCGACGUGAAAGACGAUGUAAAAGGCUUUGCCAAAAAUCUCCAACUACCUAAUGAUGUGACUUCACCUGAUUUGGACCUUGAUGUCAGUAUUAAGUUCCUGGGUAAUGAGAUGCUCUUCCUAUCGCUAGGCGAUGACUUUCCCGUUACGCCAGAAUCAGUGAAUGCAUUCAUUACGCGAAUACUGAACGAUCUCUUAGAUGGAGCCAACAAGUUCCAUCACAAUUUCCAAGCACAUGCGCUUUUUGUGGAUGGUGAGCUUAGUUAUCCCACAGCUGGUGGGCUACCACUGCGUCUGGCAGGUCACGCCACGGGUGUCGUGGGUCUGGAGGCUAGCGGUUCAAUAAAUUUGCGAGAAUUGUUUCAUGGCUCAACAAAGGCUCCUGUGCAGCUUCGCCUAGUGCCUUCUGCCAAUGUUGCUAUGGCCGGUUCCAUGGUUGUGGAUGCUUUCAGUGUAACAGCAGGUCUACAAGUUGAAGGAAGCCUACACUCAAGCACAGCUUCAGAUGUACGUGUUGCUGUGCUGAACAGUCCCCGAGGUGCGGACAUUAAAGUUAUGAUGCCACGCAAAAAGCAAGAGAUUUUCAGUCUAAAUCACGAUGUUGUAUUUUAUCAACGAGAACGUGGUCACCAGAGUGUCUCCCUGCCACUACGCUUCACAUCAAAGCGUUAUGCUUUCAGCGGCUGUUUUGAUCAGCUUCAUAGAUACACAGGCGUCACAUUCUGUACUGACUACAAUGUGACAAUUCCAGGCAACGCUGGUGUAGCUCCGUUUCCAUUUAAUGGCGCCAAUCGUGUGAGUGUGUGGCUGGAGGUAGAUAGCCAUUACCACUUUGCAGUCACACACAGUGAACGCAGCGAUGAUAAGCAGUUCCUCAGAUUUGCGUUUGACACUCCAAAUUCAACAGAUAAGCGUUCCGUAACAUUUUUGGUGGAAUCAGCCACUAAACCUAAUAUAUAUGUUCGUGCUGAACUUGAGUCUUCAUAUCGACAUCUAUUUGCUGAAGCUGGAUUAGUGAAUAAUGAAAAAGAAGUUGCACUCUACGCAAUAGCAAACGACCAAAGUAACAAGUACGAGGCGAAGGUUGGAUUCACUAAAGACAUCGCCAAACGCGAGUAUAAGCCAAUUCUACAACUUACAACUCCAAACAAUAAUAACGCGCUGGGCUAUAGUGUUGAUGGAACGAUAGGAGUGUUCGACCAAGAGGGCACAACAAAAUACGAUUUGCGCAACCUGAAGUUAAAUGGCGGAUACUUUACAAAGCACCCUGUGGUUGUUUAUGGAAGUGUGACACAAAAGGGCAUGGCCUUUGACAUGGACCUGAAGGUAACACAUAAUAGCGACAUCACUACUGUGACGGGCGCAUUGCAGAUAGAUGGUCCACGUUUAAAUUUCAACAUGGAAGCAAAAGGUGGAUGGUAUACGAAGGUGGUGUACAAGAUGUCAUAUGAACCAAAUGAUUUACUUAACCAUUUGGAAUUAGAUUACGGAAGAAAUCCUACAGAUAGUCAGCAUGUGAAGAUAAAGCAACAAUGGCGUCAUCUGCAGGUGAAAUAUCACCUAGAAGAGCUUUCCUUUGCCAAUGAGCUGGAGCUGAGCCAAAUAUCACUAAAGACACACUUGAAUGGUGAUUUUAAAGCAAAUUCGUUGCUCAAAUGGAACAUAAGCUUAGAAUAUGGCCCACGAGAAAUGUCUACGGAAUUACACGUAUUGCUAAACGAGAAAACCAAAGGUGACUACUCCGUAACAAUCACCGGGUCCAUUAACCGUCGUAAUUUGAGUAUUACCGCUCGACGUGUGGUACAGGAGAACGCGUCAAAGUACUCAAAUCGCUUAUCCACGAGUACAGGUCUUAAUAUGGAAGCAAACGGUGUGCUCGGCCACAAGAUUUCUAUGCAGGAGGCGGAUGUAGUUCUAGAUGCGAAGGCGCAGUUUGGCCAUAAACAGCAGACAUACUUGAUUAAAUUUGAAUUAAAAUUGAAGCCACAAGGCGGCAACACAGAGGGCUCAUUGUCAUUGGGAAAAACUGAUAUAGUAACAUUUAGGGGAAAACUUAAACGGCAAGGUAGCAGUCAGAGUGGAGAUUUACAGAUUGCAAUUAAGGAGAUAUUAGAAGCUACAGGUGACUUUUCAGCAACUGGGGGAAAUGGCACGGCAACAUUAAAUCUUGACGUGAAAAAAUUGGCAAAAGCGAUUAAGAUAUUGUCCACAUUUACCAUUGAGGCGCCCACAUACAAUGUAGCUACAGAGGUAAUAUAUGAUGGGAAACGUGCUAUUCGCGUAGAUUCACACAAUCAUGCGAACGCACAAUCAUUCAGUAGUCACAACGACAUUGAGGUACUGACGGAGCGGUACGUAUGCAAUGUCAAGGGAUCGAUGGAUGGCAAAGCGACAGAUGGAGUGAUAACAGGUGCAGUGGAUGUUACCCUUCCUACAGGUCGCAAACUGAGUGGAUCAGUCAAUCGCGAAUUAAAAUCCCAGGGUGAAAAUGUACGUGGAAGUUGUGACAUUCUGUUUAGCGACCGACUUCCAAGCGAUAAAACCCGAUCAUUAGCAAUCAAUUCUCAACUGGUGAAUAGCAAGUGGACUCAAAAAUUAUUCCAAACAAAGCAUACAAUCACAUAUAAAAAUCUCAACGGACAAGAUGUAACAGUAAAAUUGGAUGUGAAUCACAAGUCAGCCAAAGGAAAUUUCAGGAGCAUAGAUGGAGACUUGAUCAUGAAUGGUAGUCUGUUUACCAGAUCGCUCAAAGUGACACUGAGAGUUCCUGAUUACUCGCAAGAUCACGCAAACUUCAAUGUGGCCGUGAAAUCGGAUAAGGACGGUGAUUUUCAAGUGGUUGGACGUUACGUAAUUGGCGGUCGUGCCAAAGCAAGCGAGUACGACAUAUUUCUCUCAGGACACUCCAAUGGCAACGUGACACGCACCAUAGAAGUGAAGUCUUCAGGCAGCUUUCUUAGUCCGCAAGUGGAUAAUGGUGUGUAUGACACUAAAUGGAACAUAAGUGUUGUUGCAGAUGGUAAAGAAUCCGGCAUGAGUUUGGCAGGAGUCGCGAACGAGGAUCAUGCGAAUGUAAAGAUAGAUUUAAAAUUGCAUGAACGUGAUCCUGUAUCAGUUUCGCUUUCAUAUAAUCACGAAUCUCUGGAUGGGCAAACGAGUAAAUGCAGCACAGACGCAGUACUAGCAUACGCUAAGGAUAAGAAGAUUCACGCACGCGGUUCAUUAAAGCGUAGUGAAAGCCGUGAAGUUGACCUACACUUGAUCCUUGAUACGCCUUAUGAACAUGUCUCAAGUGUUGUUGCAAACGUUAAGGCAUCUAGAACUACUGAGGGCACCGUUAUCACUUCUACAGAUUUGACAAUCAACGAACAUAAAUAUGGGCUGAAUAGCGCACUCGUACUCUCAGACGUCAAUCCAUCGGUGGAUCUAGUGCUGGUGUACCCUAAGCAAGAAGUCAAAUUUUACGCAGGCUUUGCGCGAGUAGGUGAACAGAAAUAUAAUGGCAAAGUCAAAGUCACAAAUUUAAUGGAAUACAAUGUUGAUAUGUCAGGUGAGAUAUCGGUGACAUCAAUUGAUAACUUUUUUGCACGCGCAAAUAUCAAUGCGCCCAAGUUUAACCUGAAGAAGUCAUACGUGGAGCUUAAAAGUAAACAUCAAGGUGGAACUAAAGGUGUUGAAAUAAUUGCCACAAAUGAUGGCAAAACAGUGCUUACAGGUAUUGCAGAUUACACAGUAGAUCAAAAUCGCACUUUUACUGUGUUUGAAGCGAAGGGGAAUGUGAAUUACAUGGAAACAGAAAGUGCGGCCCAUCUAAAAUUCAUCCACCACACACUAACGGAGGUUGAAAAUCAGGAAACAGGAGUGUCAUUCAUCGUAAAUGCACAGCUUGGACCAAAGAGUAUUGUGGGUGAAUUUAAACUGACCGAUAAGAAUAUACAACUCAAACACACAGCAUGUGAAAAGCAACGACAGUGUAUUAAUUUGGAUGUGCAAUCAACUAUUUUCCAGUCUGACCUGGACAACUUCCGUCAUCAAGUCUUGGUAUCAAUUGAUCUCCGAAAACUCGGCUAUUCUCACGAGUUUGGAUUGAAAGCAGAGACAAAUCGCACGGGAGUGGAACUGGAUCACACUAUUGAGAUGCAUUUACAGGCACAGGACAAACCCAAGUAUCAAUACUCGAUGUAUUUGCAUUCACGCAGUGCAGGUAUAAUUGUGGGUCUUCCGGAGCGUACUAUUGCCCUUGAAGGCGUCUUCCAACGACCCGAAAGCUUCUUCGGUAUAUGGGAUAUAUCAGCGAAUUUGCAUCUGGACAAGAAGAAUAAGCCGCACGAGGCAAUGCACGUGGGACUCAGAGCGCUGACAGCAGAGCCGCGUGAGGGCUCUGCGACCUUCGAAAGUUCAAUUACGCUUACCCAUCCUGCGGUGUCCAGGAAUCUUACUGCUUCUGCAAAAGGAAAAUUGGAUAUGGUGCAACUUCAGGCAGAUGUUAAUCUCAUUUUUGACAUUUUCAAAACACAUGACAAUCAAAUAGUGUUAGCAGCUAAAGUAAUUAACACGGGGAAAAAACAUGCUUUCAACGUUACUACGGACUUAUCACUCACUUCCAAACAAGGACUCGACUAUCAAUUAUCAGUCCACGCCGCUAUGGCACCGGAAAAACGAGCCGCCAGUUUCCAGGGUGGUGUUAACUUCGCUGGUGUAAGCGGCUCUGCAUUGUUUUAUGUCACGCCCACCGACUUGGAAGCCCGCAUGACAGUUCUGGAUGAAGAUAUGUUUGUUGCAACUGCCAAGUUAGAAGACAGUAAUCGACUAACAGCAUCAGCCACGCUUCAACCAAUCAAAUCUACGCCUAUCAAUUUACAUGCUACUGCAAUUGGCCUCACUGAGGCCAAGGUGAGUUUGAGUAGGGAUAAACUCAUUAAUAUAACCGGUGAGUUUGCCAUCAGUCGUUUAGCGAGUUUAACAGUAAAAGGUCAUCAGGGAGAUAUUUUCGUGGGUCAAGUAACAUUGGAUCAACAGCACUUCCUUGCUUCGUCCUACCAAAUGAACAGAGAUAAAAUGAAACUGUUUCUACAAAGUAUGCAGGAAACAAUACGUGAAGAUUUUAGGACAGCUAAGAAGGAAAUAGAAACACACUUCGCAAAUGCGAAGAAGCGCAUACUAAAUCAAAUUGGCAGCGUGCAGAAAUCCAUUCCCGAUCUUAACCAAGUCGUCCAGAAGUUCAAGCACGAGAUUUCGAGCAUAGUAAAUGAGCUGGAAAAAGAUCCUUCAAUUAAGCCAGUAAUUGAAGUCGUUGCUCGCGUCUACGGAGUGAUUUCCAAAGCACUUGCCGACGUCUUUCAAGUAGCUUGGCAAAAUUUACAAAAACUCAAGGAAGUUUCAUUGUCGUUUUACGGAAGCAGUAUGGAUAUAUUUAAUGAACGCAUUCUGCCAUCACUGGUAGAGUGGUACACAGCUGUUGAAGACCUCUUGCAAGUUGUCUACUUGGAGACAGUUCAACUAGUGUCUAGCGUACUAGAGCGUAUCACGAAGACUCUGAAGGACUAUGAGGAGGACUUCAACAAAAUAGCAAAAAUAAGCACUGAAACCGUGGCUCAGUUGGUGCGGGGCUUAACAGAGUUAUUAAGUAAUGUAAAACGCGAAGUUAUGGAUAUCCAGAGAUUAAUUCUAGACUACAUGGCUUCACUGCCGGGUGUGAAUGGGCUGAAAGAAAAAUGGAAUGCGCUAUUUGCGGAAUAUAAUAUCCCAGAACAGGUGAUAAGUUUGCUACACGAAUUCCGCACUGUGGUACGUGACACUGUGCCUAACAGCGAGGUAUAUGUCUUCAUUGAGAGUAUAGUAACGUACAUUGAAAAGAAACUACAGCACGGCGAAGUGAACGAUCUAGAAAUGCUCAGGGAUAUGUACGCAAAAGGUGUGAUAGCGAUGAAAGCUAUAAUACACAUAGUGAGGAGUCAACCUAGCGAUGUUACAAGUGCACUCAAUGUAACACCAGAAGGCGUGACUUUGCCAUUUUCACUGGAUGUGCUUCGACGCGUGCCUUACGUAUCUUCUAUUAAAAUAUCUGCUUUGAAAUAUUUGCGCCAUGAGCCACUCCCAAGCAUACGUGAUCUCCUUGAUGUAGUCACUCCUGGCGGCCGAGUAAACCUGAACUUGCUGCCACCCUUCCCUCUUGUAGGACAUGUAGUGGAUGGGCAGCAUGUGUUUACAUUUGACGGACGUCACUUUACAUUCCCAGGCUCUUGUACAUACAUACUUGCACGUGAUGCUCUCCACGGUAACUUUACAGUACUGGCCACACUCACAAAUGGUCACAUGACGGCUGUGACUCUAUUACAAACCGACACAACUGUGCAACUAACAGUUGGCGGUGCUGUAAAAAUGAACGAUAAACCUGCGGAUUUACCUAUACACCAAGGCGACCUUCACGUAUGGCGCCGGUAUUACACUGUUACACUACUGACAAACUUUGGAGCUGAAGUUAUGUGUACCACAGAUCUUGUAAUCUGCCACAUCAGUGUAAACGGCUUUUAUCACAAUCGCUUGCGUGGAUGGUUAGGUAAUGGUAAUGGUGAACCGCAGGACGAUUUCCAAUUACCCUCAGGUAUCCAAGCCAGCAAUUACGCAGAUUUUGGCAAUUCUUACAGCCUUGGUACGUGUCAACCUGUCGAUGCAAAACACGAGCAUGGCCACCACGUCUCUAGCGAACCGUGUACAAGUUUGUUUACUGGCGAAACAAACCUAAGAAUAGCAAACUUCAUUCUUGAUCCGACGAAUUUCCAUGAGGCUUGUGAACAUGCUGUGAUGGACGCUCCGGCGGCACAGAAGACCCAAGCCGCGUGCAAUAUUGUUAGUGCAUAUGUGAGUGCAGCUCGCUUGAAUGGACUGCCUUUGAGUAUACCGGAUAAAUGUUUGCAAUGUUCGGAAAAUCGUAAACCUGGCCAACAAUUUAGUACACGUGCGCCAACUAAACAAGCCGAUGUCGUUUUGGUGAUAGACACGAGCCAGCCUCAUCUACUGACAGAAUUCGCACAUCAGCUUACAGUAGAACUGCGUAAGGAACUUCGAGCCUUUGAUAUAGCCGAUGUAAAUAUUGCUGUGAUUGGUUUCCAAAACCAUCAGCGCUAUCCAAGUCUUUUUACACAUAAUGGAAAACUAGACGUACAUGGUAAAUUAUCGACACCACGAGAGGACGCAACUACUCCACGAUGUGAUUGGCAUCUGCAUACAGGUCAUGAUCAAGUAGAUGAGAUAAUUAACUCAUGGAUUAAUGCCACGGAGAGUCUAAUAAAUGAUUUGGGGCUCUCGUCGGAUGCAAGGGCUUUCCAAGAAGCCAUGGCCUAUCCCUUCCGCGCUAAAGCCGCCAAGAUUAUCUUUGCAGUACGCUCGGAUUCACUAUCUUAUUCGUCAAAUCCAAGCAAAAUGCUCACUGCGACAUUUGCCAAUUCUCAAGUAAAAAGGCGUGGAAUCCAACUCCAUCUAUUAACACCCGUUGCCGACUUCACAAUUAUAGGAAAAGACGUCCGUAAUGUAAUGGCUAAAGAUAUUGUGGGCUUCAGUUCACGUACAGUGAUCAACAUGGAGGUUGCUAAAAAGCGCGUCAACCCCGGACAAACGGCAUGGCGUAAAGCUAUUCGAUAUACAGAAGAUCUAGGUAUGCAGCUUGUACAAGAUGCCAACGGGUUCGUGUUCAUACUAAACAACUAUCAAGGGACUAAGCAAAAGAAACAGUUCGUGAGUGCUGUAGCCACAGCAGUAGCAGAUAACACGGCCCGUCAUGAGAUGCACAUGGAAUGUGAAUGUCGGACAGAAUACGGAUUACACGCCGAAGAAAAAUGCAUCGUAUCUGAGGUGAAGGUGCUUAAGCAAGUCACAAGAAUGGCUAAAGGAUAGAUUGUUUUAAUGGAAAGAUAAACCCAAAAAUAUCUUUUUGUUAAGUUGUGAUCCUAAACUCAGAAAAUAUAAUGAAGUUGAUGUGAUCAUUUGUAUGCUCAUACUCAACUAAAAUAAUGACAUUAUAAAA